AUGUCACAACCAUAUACUUUACAAAAACCAUCUAUUGAAGUAGCUUUGGAAGAACAGAUUGACCAAUUAUAUAAAAGGAAAUUGGCAAGAUUACCAGUUUUCAAAGAUUUACCUCGUCUAGCAGGCAGAAUUCAUAUCGAAAAAUAUAAUGAUACUGGGAUACCAAAAACAAUAGACGAACCAAGCAAAAAAAGAAAAAGCAAAGCAUUAUCAUUGAGAUUAUCAGAAGACAUUACAACAGAAGGUAAAUUAGAUGAAGAUAAAAUCGAACUACAAGACGAAACUCCAGCUUCAAAAAUUUGGAAACAAGUAAAGAAUGUUAUUUUUACAUUAUCAGAAAUGUUUGAUGAUGAAGAAACUCAAAAUAAAAUUAAACAAACUUUUAAUAGCUCAGAGCCACCAUCAGAUUAUCAAUUAUCACUUCCAACACUAUUUAGCAGUUGUAUGAACGAAGAUACAAGUAAAGUGGUUAAAGUUUUAAAACUUAUUCACCAAAAUAUUAUAUAUAUUGGCUGUUAUGAAUUAAAGCUUCGUGUUCCUUAUUUAUUAGCAAAUAUGACCAAAGAUGUCAGAGGUGAAUUAGGUUGGAGGAUUGAAGUGUUUGAAGGUAAAGAUACAGUCACUGUUACACAUAUCAGAAGAGAAGAAUCAUUACCAACAGCAGGCGAAAAAAAGCAAUUUCAAUUAGAGUGGAAACUACAUAUUGUAUUAAAUAAAGAUUUAUCAGAAAUCACUUUUGCAAGUUUAAAAAUAACCGAUCUUAUUUUCCCAAAUGAUGUAGACCCUCAAUUUAAGCAAGAAAUCAACAGAAAUUUAUGUUCUGGUAAUUUAUUUAUUUAUUAA